AUGUUCCCGAGCCCUGUGACCAGCACGCCUUUCUCGGUCAAGGAUAUCUUGAGUCUGGAGCAGCAUCCCAGCGGCCUGGCCUCCCUGGAGCUCUCGGCCUUGGGCUCGCCUUCCUCCUGCAUGCUGGCCACCUUCAAGCAAGAGUCCUACCCGGCAGAGGACGGCCCCCUCGCCGAGGCCCCGGCCGGCCUGCCCAAAGGCAGCGGCAGCGGCAGCACUUUUCCCGGGCCCUUCUUCGCCAAGAGCUACGUGGAGAUAGAACCGACCAAGGAGCCGAAGGAGAGCAAAAAAGAGCUGUGCGUCCUCUCGAAGUCUCUGGAGCAGGAGAAGCGGGAGGCCGAGGAGGCGGAGCGGCCCCGGCAGAGGAAGAGGCGGAAACCCCGCGUGCUCUUCUCGCAAGCGCAAGUCUACGAGCUGGAGCGCCGCUUCAAGCAGCAGAAAUACCUCUCGGCCCCGGAGAGGGACCACUUGGCCAACGUGCUGAAGCUCACCUCCACCCAGGUGAAGAUCUGGUUCCAGAACCGCCGCUACAAGUGCAAGAGGCAGAGGCAGGAUCAGAGCCUGGAGCUGGUGGGCAGCAUCCCGCCGCCCCGCCGGAUAGCCGUGCCGGUCCUGGUCCGCGACGGGAAGCCCUGCCUGGGCGACUCGUCCCCUUACAGCUCGCCCUACAACGUCAGCCUCAACCCUUACAGCUACAACGCCUACCCGGCCUACGGCAGCUACGGCGGCGGGGGCGGCGGCGGCCCCGGGGCCUGCAACGCCAGCUACAGCUGCAGCUACCCGGCCGUGCAGAGCGUCCAGCCCUCGGCCGCCGCCGGCAACUUCAUGAACUUCAGCGUGGGGGACUUGAACCCGGUGCAGACGUCCAUCCCGCAAGGGAACGGCGGCCUUCCGGCCUUGCAUGGCAUCCGAGCCUGGUAG